AUGGAAUCGACUCCAGUGACACCUUCUCGACGUUCAAAACGCUUUCAACCACUUGUAACUCCCGUGAAGACUGAUGCCUUUGUAGACAAAACUGUAAUCUGGGCAGAUGCUCCCUGCUACAUUCGUCCCACUGUAUACGAAGAUUACCAGGUUCUUCAAGAGGAUGAGGGAUGGCAACCACGGCCAGGGAUGCAGACUGUUUUUCGCAAGUCAUUUAAGCGGACGAAAAAUAUCGCGCCAGCUUCACGGAAAGGGUCGAGUGCGCGUAGGUCAGUUGUCGACACUGAGACAUUUGAGGUCGGAGACACCGUGCUCGUCAAAACGCAGUCCACGAAACACCCCAGUGUUGGCGUCAUCGCUUCCAUGUGGGAAUUACAAGGCAACAAUGACCAGGAGGGCGACAAACCACAGAUGAUGGUCAGGGUUCACUGGUUUCAACAUCCAUCUGAACUGCCUCGCAUAAGGGCAAAGAGGGAACAUUUCGAGAACGAAGUGUAUUUUACUCUCGCUUCACAAGCUAUUCUUCCGCCUUCAUGUAUACUAUCGCAUUGCACCAUCUCCGAAGUUCCUCAGACCGCACCCACAGCCCGCAAACGAAGUAACUGGACCAGUGCUACUGCUGAGGAGAAUAAAAUAUUCUACUGUCGCCUUGCAAUCGAGUCUCGCAGCAACAUUUACUACGACUUCCACUGGGCAGCUCACAAACAACAAGCUCUCGGCAGCUCUAACGAAGACCUCGCCAGUGGGACUUGCUGGCAUGUCGCUGUGGAGACCACACCAUUGAGACGGCGUACGAAAAAGCAAAAGAGACUUCAAGACAUCGCGGAAGAAAGCGGUGAUGAUGUCGUUCGUGAUCGUGACUACGAGAACGACGAACCUCCAUCAGAAACCGACGACCACCUCAUCCCCUCUAUUGUUGACGACGCCUCCGACAAUGAGACAACUCUUAGUGGGCUUAACGAUGACAUUCCAAAGACACCAUCGCGCAAGCGCAAACGCGCCUUAUCCACACCCAAGUCCACGCCGAGCAAGAAACGUGGACCGAAGCUCGCAGCACCCACUCCGCACUCCAAAGCGGCAUUACGAAAGCGAAGUCGAAAAGCACCAGCCGUCCGUAUUCCGCCUCCGAAUCUCACACAGGAGCACUACAAUCAACUGCAAAACCUUCCUCCGGACCCGUGGCUUCGUGCAAUGCACGUCCUUCAUGUUGCAGCGCGUCCUGAUGUUCUCCCGUGUCGUGAGGAGGAAUACGGUCGCGUUCUCAGAACUGUAGAGGAACUCCUGGAGGAAGGAAGUGGAGGUUGUGUUUACAUUUCUGGAGUACCAGGAACAGGCAAGACUGCAACAGUUCAUGCUAUUAUUCGUGAACUCAAACGAAUGGCCGAGAACAAUGAAACGAAUCCCUUCACUUACGUCGAAAUCAAUGGACUUAGAAUUCCCGAGCCAUCUGCUGCAUACAACCUACUUUGGGAGACAGUCUCGGGGCAUGAUGUAGCUAGCGAUGGUCACCUCAAAUCCAGCGCCAAGGAGGCGCUCAAGCAGCUUACCAAACACUUCUCUGCAGGCGCACGGGCGGGCCCCGCAGGGCACGCGUGUGUCGUUCUUAUGGACGAGCUUGAUCAACUUGUCACAGCAAAGCAGGAUGUGGUAUACAAUUUCUUCAACUGGCCCACAAUCGCAGGCUCAAAGCUUGUCGUGAUCGCUGUCGCAAACACCAUGGACCUUCCAGAGCGGGUGAUGACCGGACGCGUGCGCAGUCGACUUGGAAUGAUCCGAACCAACUUCCAGCCAUACACGACGCAGCAGCUUGAGAAAAUUGUGCAUGCACGUCUCAGAGAAGCCAAAGAGGGCCUGGAAGAGCCUCCGGAUGUAAUCAACGCUGACGGCGUGAAGUUUGCCGCAAUGAAGGUUUCAUCGAUCAGUGGAGACGCACGAAGGGUGCUUGAUAUUUGUCGAAGAGCGGUGGAACUCGUGCAUCCCAAACGGCGCGCUGCUCGCACGGAAGAUGUUAAAGAGGUCAUCAAAGUGCUACAGAAUAGCCCAACCGCAGCAUACCUCCGAGACUGCAGCUUACAUGAGCGGAUCAUGCUUGCAUCCCUGCUGAGAUGCAUAAAGCGAGAAGGUAUUGAGGAGAUCAAAUGGAGCGAAAUUGAAAACCAGCAUAUCGUAUAUGUCGAAGCUCUGACUUCGGAAGGAGAUCCGUCGCGGAAGCCCACGCCGGAGGAACUGGUACUUGUUCUGGACUCCCUGGUUGCCUCUCGCGCUCUGAUCAUCGAGGAUGGUGUGAACGCUGUCCGCAAGUCCCCCGGUGAACGCAGGGUCAUUCUCAACCUGGAGCAGACAGAAGUAGAGAGGGUGCUGAGUGAGGUAGGCGGACGGUCUUGGGCAACAGCGCUUGGUGUUGGUGCAUGA